AGGUAGACGGUGCUGGUGACAUUGUUGCUGCUGGGUAUACUGUGAGCAGUGGCUUCGAUGGCCAAACCAACAACAACAACAUCGGCCAUUCCGACCUCAUGCUGAUGAAGCUUUCCUCCGCCGGCGCCCACCAAUGGACUGUCCUUCGUGGCGGUUCAACCAAUGAGUUUGCCUACAGCCUUAAGGUGGACAGCUCAGAUGCAAUUCUUGUCGGUGGGUACUCUGACAGCACUGACCUCGACAGCCAAAGCAACGCCGGCGGCAACGACGUCAUGGUCAUGAAGUUCUCGUCCGCCGGCGCCCACCAAUGGACUGUCCUUCGUGGCGGUUCAGGCAAUGAAAUUGCUUACGCCUUGGAGG